AUGGACCUUGAUCUGCUUUCUGAUGACCCUAUUGACGAUAUUGAUGUGAAGAAUGCAGGAGAGGAACUCUAUGUUAUACCUUCCGAUAAUGUGCCACUUAUUGCGCGCCAUUUACCGUACCAGUGUCAGACACAAGCUGAAUUUGAGCAACUGCUUACGCAUGGCGUAGAUCAAGUAUGUGGCUGCAUCCAGUCAGAGGACUGGGGUGCUUCUCUACUACAAUGGUGUCACUAUGUACAGGAUCUACUCUCUCUUAAAUACCCACUUACGCGCUCGUACCGUGCACGCGUUGCUCAUCUAUUUUACGAGUUGGCCGUGAUGCCGAAGCUGGAUACCUACCUAACAGAUCUUGCCGCCACAAUCUGUAUGCGGCUCCUAAAACCGAAAAAGUUGAUUAAUAUUGAAGAUCUUGAACUGCCAUGGCGCUCUCUUUAUGACGUACUCGUUGGUGAAGUGUACCACAAGCAACGUAAGAUUGGUUCGUCCACUGUGAGUGGCGUGCUUCUUGACCUAGCUGAAUGUGCCCAGCGUUUUUUCCCUGCAUCAGAAGCCGCAGCCAUGCUAGAAGCCAUGUUGCCACAUAUGGAUGGCAAUGAUUUAAAUUCUGUCAUCGCUACGCAAGCGCUCCUUGUGCAUUUCCUGCCCCUUACCGAGCCUACUGCAUGGAUGCCUACUCUUUUCCGGCUUUGGGAGACGUUCAAGUCUUCGUUAUUUGAUGACCAAAUGCUUGAUCUACUUGCUCGACUAGCUGAGCUACAUACCACAGAGCCACAAACUACACCGUUAUGGUCUGAAACUGGCAUUUUUACCGAUGCACAGUUUAGCUUGAUUAUGACCAAAUGUCUUCGUUCGGCUGGUCUGCCUGUUGGAGCCAGUAAAUCGGCGAAUGCGACGUUGAUGGCACAAUCGUCCUCCGUGCGUACAGGGGCAGAUGCUUCGGCCUCCCACAAGACGCUUCGGAUGAAAAAGCCUAGUGACCGUCUGUACUCCUUUGCCAUGAUCCUUGUGUACAGUAUGGCCAAGGAUGGCAAUGAAUCUACAUGGGUGGGCGGCUCGAAAGCCCUUACGCAACUCGCCAAAUUUGUGCAAGCAACCGAAACGUACUUUCAUCCAUCGAACUGGGGACUAUGGCAAGUGCAGCUGGCCAACUUCGUGCAGCACUUGACGUGGGAGUUUGCACGGCGGUGUCAGUAUGAAGCCAAGGAGGAGUGUCGUACGCCCGCCGACAGGCGACUUACGUCGUCGAUUCGCGUGGAAUUUGUGCGUACCCUGCGUACAGUGUGCUUGCUCAGCAUGUUUUCGAAAGAUCCCCUGACGUCGCUCGCGACCCAAUCUAGCUUGAAGCGCAUGGCAUUCUUAGAGCCAUCCUUGAUUUUGCCCGCUGUGCUGCAGCGUAGUUUUACGUCGCUCGAAGCCCUGGAAACGACGCAGCGCACGACGGCUGUGAUCGCUACAUUAGCAGCCACGUCGCAGCCACUUGUGUCCAUGCAGGUGUAUCCAGCAGGCGCCAAGCAUCUUGCGCCGUUGUUGCAUCUCUGUCUGCCUGGCAUCGACCUCAAUGAUCCUAUGAAGACGAUGAGUACUUGUAUGCUGAUUUUGAGCAUCUCUGUCUCAAUCUGUAUUGUGGAUGGGACAUCCGGCGCGGGCGCCGAGACACCUGAUGAGACGCCGACUGUGGUGGAUGAAGAUACCGUGUCGACACUGGGCGCCGAGGAUUACGCUGCGCGCCUAGCUACGGCUGAGCUGGAUGCCUGGAGCACAGAGUUUGUACGCCGUGUGCUAAUGCUGUUCACCGCGCUGCCGGAGGAGGGAAAGAGCGGCAAGAUUGGCGAGAAGAAUGAAGAGAUGGUCCUCAAUAUGUUGAUUGCUACAUGCGACGUGUUUUGCAGCGCGCUUGGCGAAGAUGCCUUUGCGCGAUGCUGGGACAUUGUAUGGGAGUAUGUGCGUACGACGACGGCAGCGAAUGGUGUCAAAGUCAUUGGAUCCCUCGUCGGGUGCUUUGCACGUGCGGAUGCGGCGCAGGUACUGAAGUAUGUGGUGCCCUACUGCUGCGAGCGUAUCGAGAGCGAGUUGGCGCAUGGGGCCUCGUCGGUCCGAACGACCAGCACGAGCAUUCCACGUGCGCAGGACACCGCGCUGCAUUGGCACAUCAAUGUCCUAAGUAGUGCUGUGAUGUUUGCUGGCGCUGCGUUGCUGCCCUACAAGGAUGUGCUUGUGCGUACGCUGGCCCGCCUGGUCGAGGCCUGCUACACUGAGCGUGGCUACAUGCUCACAGCCAAGCUCGUGCAGCGUGUGCUUACGACGCUGCUGAAUGUGUACGUGGCCGAGCAGCGGUUUGUCAAUCCGGCCGAAUGGGCCUCACAUACACGCCAAGCUCAUCCUCACCGCUUGUUCGGGCGGCUGUAUCGCUGUGACGAGGUGGACAUGGCAUGGCAUACGCCGUCGUCGGCGGAAGUGGACAUGGCCUUGGAUGUCCUUACGCACGUCGUCGAGCCAGCGCUCUCUCUCCUGGACGCGCGGCUCGAGCAGGUGGAGGCGACGAGGGCAUGGCACAAUGACGUAUGCCGCACGCUGCUGUGUGUGCGCUAUGCGCUGGCCGGCCAAGGCGCCCUCGCUGAAGAGGCGCGGCGCAAGGACGGCCACGUGCGUGUCCAGCAGGACGGGGGCGAUGUGCCUGCGUCGCAGGUCGUGCGGCCUGUCCCUGUGGAUACAGGGCAUGCGCUUGCGUCCAGCGAUCCACGGUAUGCGCGCGUCAUGGCGUUCCGCGAACGCGUCGGGGCGACCCUGGCGCGCGCUGCGCAUGUCAUCCCGCACUUGUCGGCGGACCAUGUUGAUGCGAUGAAGCAGUUGGUCCGUCUGCUGCGGACCUACCUGGUGCCCCACAGUGUCCUCACGGAGGAACUGCAAGGCCUUCUCAAAUCCGUCUCGUUCUUCCGUACGAUCGGGCGGCGCUGGGCGAAGCAGCAGCGAUUCCCACGUAUCUUGUGGCUCCGUCGUGCGAUGCUGUACCAUGCGACGCGCCAACGCUGGCACUAUGCGUACGCGGGCCGCACGGACCGUGAUGAUGCUCUUCUGCGCGAGCUGGUCGGUCUGUGCAUGUCGCACUACGUCGCGGUACGCCGCCUGGCUCAGACGACGCUGGAGAGUGUAUGCUCUACGUACGAGGGCACGCGAUUGUCGUGUAUUCCUGCGCUGGUCGAUGCCAUGUCGCCCACAGCGAGUGACGAGCAGGUGAAGGGCGCCUUGUACGUUGUAGCGGCCAAGUCGUUCCAGCGUACCACGGCGCGGCAUCCUUCGUGCCUUCGCCCGAUUGUGAUGGCGCUUGCGGGGCUGCAGGCACGUACGCGGCCCUCGAUCCAGAAGUUGGUGCGUGGUGUAUGGCAUGACUUGAUUGGCAAGCUAGAGGAUCCUACCUGGCACGUGGCCUACGCUACGACUGGCUCGCUUACGCAGGCCGUGCAGCGUGCGCAGAUGGCGGCGCUGUCUAUCGAGUCUAAUCGUCCUGCUUGGCUAACUCUGGUGGACGAGACACAUGCGACGCUGCAUAAGGAGCUCCUUGCUCUGCUGGCCUCGCCUCGUACGCACUGGGCCUUUGCGCUGCUGUCUCUGCGUACCAUACGUGCGCUGCUACGCCGUGAUCGGCCAUGCGAUACACGUCUGGUGACGUUGCUAGCGCAGUUGGCGAUCAGUGACAAUCUCGACUUGCGGCACCAUGCCCAGCAGACGCUCGUCCGAUGCUUGUACCUGAUCAAGCUACGUACGUUCAGCGAGGGCAUGGCGCUGUACCUGGAGCAGGCCUCCCCACCGUACAAACAUAGGGGGCCGGUGGGCGAUCCAGAGGCACGUAUGCAAGCGUACGCGACGCCACGGACUAUGGCCACACCGCUGCACGACAAGAGUGUGGAAGGGUGGCUGGUAUGGCCGCCUACGACGCCGUACUAUGUGAGCAUGGAGACGAUGCCGACCUGGGAAGCGGCCUCGCAGGCCUCGCUUGAUGCAUUGUCGGCCAUGGUAGGCACGGCGUCAUGGUGGGAGGUAUGGGCCCGUCAUGCCUCGCAGGAAAUGGAGCGUGACUACCUCGCAGCGGAUGUGACAGUGUUUGUCAAGUCGCUUGUGCAAGUGCUGGGCCCGCCGCUAUGGACGUGCAUAGAGCCAUGCCUGCAAGCGCUCGUCGCCCAACGUGAUCGGCAUCCGCAUCGCGCGGCGGCCGAGCUGGUCGGCGGCGUGUUGCGGGGUAGUAAGCACUGGCCUCUCGCUGCGCAAGACGCCGUGACCGCCUCGCUGCAAACGUGGCUGCCACGGACCAUGGUCGAGUGCACGCUCGACAGUCAGCCUGCAUGGCAGAUGUGCAUGGAGUACGUGUGUAGCCAGCGGGAUCCACGGCGGUACUUUGCCCUGCUCACGUCGCUCUGGACGCAGGCUCGUGAGGCGCUGGCCGCUACGUCGCUGAGCCCUGGGCAGCAGGCGCAUACGCAGCAGCUGCUAGCCAGUGCCGUGCAUGCCUUGCAGGGCAAAGCGAUGGCCUGGGGCACGGAUUCGCUGGCCGAUGUGUACCUCACGCACUUUGCGCAUGACUACCAGGAAGUGCGCAAGGCCGUGGGCGAUGGCCUGGUCGAGUUGGAAUUGGCGCACGCACGUCCUGCGUUUGCCUCCGUUGACGCCUUGCUGCAGCACAGUCAGGCACAGGCGGGCUCGCUCCUGGCGCACGACCCUGCGAUGCAAGCACGGUGUGCCAAGCUGCGCUCGCAACUGUCGGCAUGGCGUGCUGAGCGCAUGCCGUCGGUGCAUGGCACGUCGACGUACGAUCGUGCUGCGUCGACCAUGGCGCUGUGGAUCUGUCUCAGCUUGGACGAUCAUCGAUUGGGGCCUAUGUCGACGUAUGUAUUGGAUCUGAUGCCGGCACUCUUUGAUGCGUUCCAGCUGCGCGACCACGAAGAGCUCUCUGCGACGGCCAGUGAUGUGCUGAUCCAAAUUGCAUCGCAUACGUUUGGCGAGGCGCACGUCGCCCAGCUUCUCGAAACGCUGCUGCAUGUACUUGAGACGUCCACUUCAUGGCACUCGCGGGCCGACGCCCUGCCCCUCCUCCAAAUUGUCUACUUCCAGAAUCUGUUUUUCUGGACCGAUGCCAGUCGGCAACGCGUCCUCAACGUACUGGUCGCUCUGUUGCGCGAUCCGCAUGUGGAGGUGCGUGAUAUGGCCGCGACGACCUUGUCGGGCGUGGUGCGCUGCUCGCAGCGUGCGCACAUCGUGCCACUCUCACGAACCUUUGCUGCGAUGGCCAUGACGCCCCUGCCGAAGCGCGGUACGCCCGGGUUCGACGAGGCCCUCUCGCAUGUGCAUGCAGGUGUGCUGGGCGCUACAGCGUUGGUCGCCGCCUUCCCUUACGACGUGCCUGACUGGAUGCCCAGCCUUGUGCUGGAUACCAUUGCGCCGCACACGGACAGUCCUGUCCCGGUCAGCACGACUGUGCGACGGUGUGCGGCUGAAUUCCGACGGACCCAUCAGGAUACGUGGGCCGAGGACCAAGUCCACUUUGGCGAUCGCGUCCAGGAAGUGCAUGACUUUACGUUGGGCCGUAGCGACUAUUUUGUAUAG